AUGCCAUCUCCUGUUAACCUGCAGCGCCCCUCCAAUCGCGGGGGAGCCGCCAAAUUGUCCCCCACGAAGACAAAGCCCCUCGAUAUCGGUCGGCCCUUGGGAAUUUACGACACAAACUCUGUGCGAGAAAAGGUGCGCAAAUGGCAGCAGCAAGGUGGCGGGGUUAUUACUGCCAACGACGGUGUCUACUAUGACGAUGAGGAGGAGACUAACUCCGCCGCCGAAUCCAAAUCCAAACCGGCCCUUGAUACUCCCCUCGGCAACUCCAAUGGUUCAGUAGUAUCUAGGAUGCGAAGUCAAAGCACUCCGCGAAAGCGAGUCAUCAGUGACGAGCACUGGAAGCUAAAUCGGAAGCCCACGCAGGCCAAGACUUCGAAACUCCCAGCCCCCAAGCGCAUCUCCCAGUACACAACAAAUGAUGCACUAAGGCCACAGCAUAAAGCCGGGGGUGAGGAAGAUGGGGUGCCGUCUCCUCCGCGAAGUCGCGAACGCGACCGCUCCACGGAUCUUGCGACGAGGGAGCGGAGAAAGUCCCGCGCAUCGCGGGAUGUGGACACAAUACCAGAAAAUCGGGCGGAGGAAGAAAUUGCGUCGUACAAUGGAUCCUCGAAAUCGACAUCGCGACCAUCAACGGCGAAAGGCCAUACUCGUGCGAAGUCAGAGCAGCCUCAAAGUUCGAAGUACAAGGAUGCGCCGUUAGAUGACGACUCAGAAUGGGCGACGAGCGAGGCGGACUUCUCUGAAUUGUCAAGACGCCGCGCACGAGGUCCUAAUCCAACGUCGAAGGGUCCUCCCCCCAAAGGCCCUGGGCUCGAUGCCCUCAAAGGCCGUACAGCUGUAAAACCACCCAAAGGGGGAAUACUCGGGCAUAUGAUCGAUGCAUCGAAAGAGAUAUUCUCCAAACCUGAGCCACCCAAACCAGUACCAGUCCGGGGCGCGAAAAUCCAAGCCUGGCUGUCCAAUACCCCAGACCCUUUUAAGGAAGGAAUGGACUCGGACGUGGAGAUUCCAGCGCCUUUAAAAAUGAGAUCUGGUAACAACAAAUCGACCGCAAAAUACGAACAAUCGCACACUAGCGAUGUGGAGCAUUCCAUGGAUAGCGACACGCCCCGCAAAGAUGCGGCUUCACGGCGAAGCAAGAGAGACGGGGAGCUUCCCAUCAGAGACCGCCCUCGUGAUAUGAGGGAUGAUGUGUCUGAGGCCGGAACUCAGCCGCUCUCUGAGGGCUCGGAAGUGUCUGGUAAUAAUGCGCCUGUACCUCUUGGGCAAACCAAACCAUUCCCUGCCACCGGAGCACGUCCUCUGUCUACCAUCGCAUCUGUGGAGUCAAUGAGCAGAGGUGGCAAUCCAACAGCGUCAUUGGCUGCAGAAGCACAUGAUUCAUCAGCCAAGGCAAAGGAAGACGAUGAGGAACGGGACUCAUUCGAUCCAAACUCACUCCCUGUAGUUUCGUCGCAGCUCAAAAGACGACUCACUACCCAUGAUGAUCUAAUCUCAGUUUUAUCCGCCCCCAAUAGCAGGAGCCGGAGCCUCCGGUCUGCGAGGAGCUUGAAGACGAAGAAUCGCGUGGUAUCAGAGACUAUUCCAGACAUACUCAAGGAGUUGUCUGCCGACGAAGCGAAGUACAUGCGUGAGCUGAAGACUUUAGUCGGCGGUGUGAUUCCUGUCCUCCUGACUUGCGUGCUUUCACGGUCUGAUUCUGCUAUUGCAGCUGGUCUCUUCCGCCCUUCAACGGACCCUAAAGACGAGGUCAAUUUCAGCAAGCCCAUUGUGGAUAUGGGAGUCGCCAUCGAGCGUCUGAAGACAUUGCACAAGCGGAUUCCCGAAGAAAAUGUCGACGCACUACUCAACUGGGCACAAGGGGCGCAAAGGGUCUAUCGCGAGUAUCUCAAGGCUUGGAGACUAGGAUUCAAGGACGUUAUAGUGAAUCUUGCGCCCCUGGAGGAAGGAGAAGGUGGCGAAAACGCUGACACUCGGAGCCUGGACGAAGGCAUGGCAAGAGACGAAAACGGAGAUGUUGUGGACAGUGACGGCGAAAAAGUUGAUGUUGCCUAUCUCUUGAAACGACCACUUGUUCGCCUCAAAUACCUUGCAAAGACAUUCAAGGGGAUUAAGACGCUGCAACCAUCCCCCAAAGCAGAGGAAAUUGCAUCGGGUUAUCAGACCCUGGUGACAGAAGCUCGUCGUCGUGCGAGGGAGGAAAGAGCAAGGCUUGAAGACGAAUCGGCUGCCAGCAUUGAUGCAACUCGCGCGCGCGAUCCUGCAACAUUGGGUACUUUGAGUGAGGUCACUGUGGACAGGUCUCGACGGGUUCGUGCCCGUGAUUUCUUCAACCUAUCCCUUUACCAUUCCAGUGGACAAGUGAUCGACUGCCGUGCAGAAUUUCUCCUGAGAGACGCAACCGCACAAAACAGAGGAGAAGGUGAUUUGCUAAUUUGCGAGAUUGAUCAUACGGAUCGCUGGCUACUGUUUCCGCCCAUAGCGCUGGGCUGCGUCUCUGCUCGGAACGGUGAUACAAAGGGUGAGAUUGUCGUCAUGUUGCGAAGUGCUCCAGGGCAAGAGAAACCAUGGCAGGAGCUCCUCAUUCUCCAGAUUGAUGAGGAGGAAAUCGGGAAUGAAUGGGUGCAGAUGCUGGGUCUAGUCCCUGUUCCACCAGCCAUCUGUCGUACCCAGAGCUUUAUUGACCGAGCCAAGCAGCGGAAACGAGCACAAACUAUCUCAUCCUCCACUGAAGCUUCCCAGGCACAGAGGGCUCCUCCAAGUCCUACGAAUAUCAAUAUACCGAUCGGAGAAAAGGCCGACAUCCGGGCCAAGCGUCGAUCUCUGACCCCAAGAGAUCAGUUCUCUGACCCGAGUACCGUUGGGUCUUCUUGGGCGAACGACUCGUAUACAUCCUUGCAUACCGCAAUCACGCGUGACUCAGAUUAUGCUAUGGGAGAUUCGCCUCGGCCUCAGCCUAUCCUUCAUGCUAGGGAGCCGCGGAAGAGUUUCACCGGCGAUGACAAACCCCACGGACUGAAACGCUCGAAGGCUAAGAGAAUCUCGCGUUACGGUGAAAGUAGUCCAACUACUCCCAUAGAACCAGCUCAGGACAAGGGCAAGGCCCAAGAACUCGAAGAACCAAAACGCUUUGAAGAGAAGAAGCCCAAAGAACAAGAUCGCCCUCAAAGGCCGCCCAUGCCGGAUAGAAGGCUGUCCUCCGUACCAUCAAUGGACCUGCCUGUGAUCCCCAAGCUCAGAAGAGGCAGUAGUCAGACAUACAUCUCCGAAUCCUUAGCAUCUACGUCAGAUGACGAAUACUCCGCGAUUGAGUCUCUCUAUCUUGCUGAAUCCCCGACAAGAAACAAGAGUGACUCUCGAGCGAAUUCAGACUCGGACCAGGAGGAGCCUCCGGCACCGCCACCGCACUCUCGCUCACCAAGUUCGACUGGUUCAAGUCUCUCCGACGUGCCAGUGCUAAGCCCAAGCAAUGUACGCCUCAAGCGCCGCGGAUCAUCGCCCUUGAAACAUGAAUAUGAGCCGUCCACUGCUUCAGAUUCUUACUCGGAUUCUGACACGUCAACUGUGCGGCGCUAUGACAUGCAGUCGGGGUCAGAAUACUCGGCAAUGGACAGCUCCGACGACGACACAGAAGAUGAACUUGCGUCUUUGCCAGCCCGCCAUCUUUCCAAGUCCCAUGUGCAGGACUCCGUCAUGACCUCUACCAGCAGUUCCCUGUCAUUGACAAAUGCAGCAUCUGAGGGCGGGUAUAGGUCUGUUCCGUCGCAGCCCGCCAAAUCAUCUGCUGCUAUCGCUGCCGUCUUCGCCUGGUCCGACAAGGGCUCCUGGGAAAGUAUAUUCCCCGAUGAGUGCAAGGUCAUCGUUAGCCCAGGUCUCAUCGAGGCGUACAAUAUGAGCGACGCUCCCAUGGGCAUUGAAGAUGAGGCCACAUUAAAAAAGCUCCGCCCGCUUAUUGCGCUUGAGCUUACCCCCCUUGUUCCUAUCCGACGUGGUACAGCCAUUGACAUUAGCAUCCGCUCUCCACCCACCAAACGAUCCAAGAUAAACUGGAGUAACAACAUCAUGUUCCGCUCACGGAAUGCAGAUGAAUGCGAAGUUCUGUACGGCCUAAUCAACCACGCGCGCAUCAACAACCCCACCUACAUUGCCUUGCAGAAUGCUAGAGGUCCGUAUGCCGACCAACCUCUUCCAGAAGAGUCCCCCAGUCGGACAGGCGGACUUUUCGGUUGGCCUCGACGCAGGAGAAGUUAUCGUGCAACCACCUCCCCACGAUCGCAGGCCGACAAUUCCGACAGCAGCGUGGGAACCGUGAGCAGUGCUUUUUCGGCCCUCAAGCGCUUUGGCGCUGGAAGCAAAAUGUUUAACAUCUCCCGUUCAUCUCUGACAUCUCGCAAUGGCCAGAAAGAAGACAGUAUCUACUCUGACUCGCUCGGCUCUAAUGCAUCCCCUUCAUCGGGCAUCGGCCGCAUCGCCGCCGCCAUCAAGGGCGUGGACGGGAUCGGGCUGUCUAACGCCAAGAUCCGGCUCUACAUGCGUGAGACACAGUCCAAAUGGCGCGAUAUGGGUGCUGCCAGACUGACCAUCAUGCCUGCGCCUCCGGAGCCUCGCGAUAUCGGCAGAAGUGAUUCGAACACUUUCUCGGAAGGCACGGACGGUAGUCCCCCCGGCUCCGGGGCCGCAUCUCCCCGUCGAGCGACGGAACCCGAGAAGCGCAUCCUCAUCCGGGGCAAGACCCGCGGCGAGGUGCUCUUGGACGUUUGUCUGGGCGAGAGCUGCUUCGAGCGGGUCGCCCGGACCGGCAUUGCUGUCUCCGUCUGGGAAGAGACCGAGGGCGGCGCCAUGCCCAAAAAGGGCGGCGUCAUGGUGGGAUUUUCGCGGAUCUACAUGAUCCAGAUGAAGAGCGAAGCGGAAGCCGCGUACACAUUUGGACUUGUUGGAAAGUCUAAGUAUUAG